CAGCUCACGUGCAAGCUGCCGCCCUUGGCGAUGGAAUACUGCAGUGGCGGAAGUCUGAGAGAGUUCUGCCGUCAUUAUCGGCAGGGUGUUCCCGAAGACGAACUGCGGGAAAUCGUUCGCGACAUCUGUGCCGGUCUGCGGUAUCUACACCGGAAGCAUAUUGUUCAUCGAGACAUUAAGCCUGACAAUAUAGUCAUCCAGAAAGCCGAACGUUUCGUCUACAAAAUCACCGACCUCGGCUACAUGAAGGUUCUCGACCCCCGGAGCAUUACGCGUUCGUUCAUUGGAACGGCUGCGUAUGCUGCUCCGGAAAUCCUCGAAUCUGGCAGUCAUGUCCGCAAAUAUAACUAUCUGGUUGAUUACUGGUCGCUGGGAGUGACGGUUUUCGAGGUAGCCACCGGUUUCCGACCCUUCCGGGACAUCCCGACUUGCGGCAAGAAGCAGGACACGAUCUGGGGUAGACGGACGCUAAUGGGCAUCGAAUACUUCAACGAGCUGCCGGUCAGAUGCAAAUUCACGCCGUCCUUCGGCAGACUCCUCACCAAAUGGUUGCAAACGAUGCUCCAACACCAUCCACCUCAUCGGAACCCCGAUCUGAGCCUGACACCGCUCGACGCCAUGAUACGAUUCGUAGCUGUAACUGAGAAGCGGGUCGAUGUACGGCUACCCUCUAUGGCGAAUCAAGAUUUAGACGAAGAACCAAUGCAGGAGGCUGCUCGAGCUGCCCAUGAAAGAAAAGCAAAAAAGUUUCAGACCUAUAUGGCCGAUCCGAGCAGCCAGCAAAAACGCCCGGUCGAGUGGCAGAAAAUCAAAGUUCUCGGCAAAGGUUCUUUCGGUGAAGUUUCCGUAUGGAAAGAAGUUCACUCGCAGCAGCUGAUCGCUGUCAAGGUUCGUCCCGCCUUUCCCGACGCUCGGAAAGAUAAGCAUAUUGAGUACUGGAAGAAGGAAGUGGAAACCAUGUACAAGCUCAAGCAUCCCAACAUCGUGCAGGCUGUGGUUCUACCCGAUGAGCUCCUGGCGAAACUAAAUACGCAGCUGAGCCCGCUCGGCAUGGAGUACAUCAACGGGGGCAGUUUGAGAGCUCUCAUGGAGCGGCCGGAGUAUCGGUGGUUACCUGAGCAACAGGUCCGCCACGUCCUGUACGAUAUGUGCCGCGGUCUGCAAUAUCUCCAUAAUGAGCACAUAGUUCACCGAGACAUCAAGCCAGAGAAUAUCGUCAUACAGCUCACGGGCACCGAGAGGAAUAUCUACAAAAUCAUCGAUCUCGGAUACAUUAAAGUCUUGAACCCCGACAGUGUCACGCAGUCCCUCGUUGGAACGAUGGCCUAUAUAGCUCCCGAGAUUUUCCAAUCUACGCGGAAGUAUAAUUAUCUCGUGGAUUAUUGGUCGUUGGGCAUCGUCGCGUUCGAGAUCACGACAGGAAUCCGUCCUUUCGCGGCAGUGUCCUGGCAAGAAAUGCAACAGCAUGCCCCAAAGCUCAUGGAGCACAACCCAGGAAUUAUUUACGCCAUGCGUACCCCGCAAGGCAUCGAAUACAUGAAAGAUCUUCCAGAUCGGCCGCUGCAGAAACGUUUCAAGGAAGACCUGACCAUGUGGUUGAGGACGGUGCUCUCCUUCAAUCCGAAACAGCGGAAUCCCGACCCGAAAAUCUCCUCUCUUGAAGCCAUGGUAUCCAUGCUCAACAGGAAAGUAGUCCAGAUUUUCAACACGACCUCUCAGAGCAUGGUGACUCUGACCGAGAGUUCGACCCCUGAGGAGCUCCACACCGGGACGAUGAUACUCCCGUCGAACCAGCUGUUGAUCUCGGCCGACGGGAAAUCGAUUUCCUUUGCUCAGCUCAUGGAACGAGUUGUUCCACACGUUGAAUGCAACUUGGUCACGGCGUACAUCUUCAGCUUCAAUAGCUCGUAUAUCCUGUCCGCGAAACCUUUACCUGCACACGUCGCCCAGAGACUCGCUUCGCCGGGCAGCGAUUCGAGGAGGAAACGGCUCUGGCAGGAAAUGUACCAUCAUAUCGACGGCGAGUACUCGAACUGCAUUGCGACACUCGCAGCGUAUCGAACGCUCAUUCUUUAUCUGAAUUCUCUGCAUUCGGAAUUCAACGCCAAGCUGAGCGUGCUGUCCGCCAGCUACAAAGAGGUGAAAAUAUCCGCGAAAAUCCUCAGAGACAAUCAGGACUACGAUCGAAUUCAAAUGGCGAAGUACGCCCACUCGGCGCUCGAGGAGCUCCGCGAAAUUCGAACACCGGACCUACUGCAGAAUGUAGCUGCGAUCAAAGCGAAUAUGACGAAAAUCGUCGCUCGAGCCAAUACCUUGCACUCGCAGCUGGCGAAACUCAGGGAGAAUCCUUACAGUUGCUCGAAACCGCCCACGAAUCUCGAGAGCCUACGCAACGAGGUUCUCGCCACCUUGAAGAAGUUCAACCCCACCCGUCAAAACGAAGACAUGACGGUGAACGUUCAGAACUUCAAGUCGGAAUACACGCGACUCCUGAAAGAAUUGAGCGCUCAAUUCUGCGUGGCUCUGAGUCAUGUCAGAGAAGUCCAGGCGGCCGCAGCACAAUGUCAGACGUUCGCCGCAGAAGUGGCCCGAGAACAGACCAAGCUCCAGCUGAUGCAACAGGAGCGGCGUGUCGCUGUGUGGAACGUGAUCAAAAAAUUGAUGUUGAGUGAAUCCCAGAACGAAUCGAUCACCGGAAUGACGGAUUCGUUGACUAGGAAACCGAACGUGGAACUCAUCGUCAAAGACAACAAAGAUCAUAGGACCCAGCUCGACAGUCUGAAUUCCUUGAUGGAGCUGGAACUUACGAGCUUGAACGAGAAUAUGACGUCGUUUUCAAGUUUCAUGUGAUGAGGUUCAUCGUCGCCAUCUCAGGACCAUGGUUGUUGUGGAAUCUUCGGACAAAUGCAGUGAGGGAAGCUCCGUGGACACUCAUUCAGGGAGCAGAUAGAGGACCUGAGCCGUGCAUUCCGUCAUGGACUCAAGCGUUUUUGAGUUCAAGUUUUUGAGCAUUCGACGAGCAACGAAUCCAAUUGGUCGGAGACCGUCGAAGAGAACCGGACCCCCGGAGAUUCUUCGGUGAAUCACUCGAUCAGCGCCGGAGUCGA